AAGAAAAAUUGAAGCAUUGUCAGUCAAGCUAUCUCUCCUUCAUGACUUCCGCUCUGCAUGAUGACAAGUGUCUGCCCUGCUCCCAUUGGCCGUGUCUGCCACCAAUCAGAGUGGAGGCAUGCAAGGUGCCUUUAGUUUAUACCCAACCCCAAAAAUCAAGAAGCAGAGAGAGAAAGAGGAAGUCAGAGUGGGGGAUGCAGAUGCUGAUUACACAGUGCACUGAAGACCUUCCAUGAUGCUCCAUGUGAAAUGACCCAGUUGAAGGGAAACUGCUUGUCAGCUGUUUACUGGAGACGACUGCAUUUCCUCCUGGCUGCUGCGGAAUAGAAGAUCUUGCCUCUAUAGCCUCCAUCUGUGAUUGGCUGUCACACUUUAGGCUCCCCCUUUUUUUCCUCCUCUUUCUCCCUCCUCUGCUGCCAACCACCUGCAUUCUGUCCUCAGGCUUACCUGAGCCACCACUGCAGAAUCACAGGACCCCCUCCUCCAAACACACGUACAUACACAGAGAGAGAGACACACACACACACACACACACACACACACACACACACACACACACACACACACACACACACACAGUUUCCACCUGGAGAGGGCAGGCUCAAAGGGACGACAUGUGCAGCAGCAGCAGCAGCAGUCUCUCCUCACAUCAGACACUGCCUCUCUGAGUUGCCUCUUUCUGGGGAGUGAAGAGGAACUCUGAAUUUUGGAGCCGUUGUCUCUUGGCAGGAGAGACAGAGGUGGUGAGGAGAACCACUUGUCAACCCAGGGACACCAAAGGCAACACAAACACAGCAUGAUUCUGGGAGGAAUUAAUCGGGGCGGGGCAGCAGUGCCGACGUUCCUGCGAACCCCAACGAUGAUCCAGCCUCACCUGGACAUGAAGCCCUUCCUGCAGUUCCCCAUGGAAACUCCCCCGCCUCCACACAGCAUGAGCCUCUUCCACAACUUCAAUACUAUGGACCCGGUGCAGAAGGCUGUGAUCAACCACACCUUCGGAGUUCCUCUAGUGAAGACCAAGCGGCCGGUCAUCUCCUGCAACGUCUGCCAGAUCCGCUUCAACUCAGAGAGCCAGGCAGAGGCCCAUUACAAAGGGAACCGCCAUGCCAGAAGAGUUAAAGGCAUCGAGACCUCCAAGAGUCGUCCUCAGGAGGGGGACAAGUCACAUACCGUACCUCCCACCUCAUCCCCGUCUCCACCUGGAGCCCCUGGCACUGUCCCAGACAGUGAGCCUGGUAAAGCAGACGACACACGACCUCUGUUGCUGUUAAACGAGCCCCUAUUGGCCCCGGGGCCCCUUCCCACCUUACCAAGGCCACCCACCCCGCCCAUGGACUCCCCCGUCCCAUCAGUGUGCCCUCUCCUUCCCACCCCCACGCCUCCCCUGAUCCCCCCGACCUCCUCCUCCCCGGGUGGCGGCAGUACUGGGUCAGAGCUGCCCGGAUCUGGUCAGCCGGUUUCGGGAGCUGCCGGCACUUCGGCCUCCAGCAGCCAAUCCAACUCGGAGACAGAAGAGGACAAGGCCAAGAAGCUGCUGUACUGCUCGCUGUGCAAGGUGGCCGUCAACUCCCUGUCACAGCUGGAGGCCCACAACAAAGGUACAAAACACAAAACUAUCCUAGAGGCGCGAAGCGGGCUGGGCCCCAUCAAGGCGUACCCUCGUCUGGGCCCGAAGCCCAGCGGAGAGCCGGGAGGGGCGCCGGUGGACCCCAACACUCAGGAACGAACCUUCCACUGUGAGAUCUGCAAUGUGCGGGUCAACUCAGAACUUCAACUCAAACAGCACAUAUCAAGUCGAAGGCACCGGGACGGCAUGGCAGGAAAGCCAAACCCACUUCUCAGCCGACACAAGAAGCACAGGGGAGCUGAUCUGACGUCUUCUUUAGCCUUCUCCAAGGAUCUCACCAAAGCUUUGGGCGCUGGGCUCUUGCCCAACCCGCUGGCUGUUGCUGCAGCGAUGGCGGCAGCAGCGACCUCCAACCCGCUGGCCCUACGUGCAGCCGCGCCUGCACCUCACCCGCACCAUCAUCAUCUCUUGCAAGGCCCGCCUCUCAGCCACGCCAUCCUGAGACCCGCCCCAGGGCCCAUCCGCACCACCCACGGGCCCAUCCUCUUCUCUCCUUACUGACACGCAGCCAUGGGAGUCCAACCCAUCAGGAACAUCUACUCCAAAAGCACACUGUGAAGCUACAACCGACGAGAGGGGGGGGGAAAUCCAAUCAUUUAAACAUCAGACUGAUAGAAUAGCAAAAGAAAGGAACGGUGGAAAGGAGUAUUAUGUCUCUCUUUCUCCCUUUACCUGAGACUCUCCAUUCACUCGACUUUCUUAUUUUUUUUCUCAAAAGACAUUUGAUGGAUCAGUAGCUGAACUUAGAGGAGAGAUUUUCAUUAUGCAUCAAACUCUUGUACAUUUCUCAUCUGCCCUUAUCCCUCCCUUGCACUUUGGCCGCAUCACGGCCUUCUCAAUAUACAGAAAACAAAUCUAAUCUUUCUAGAGAUUACAAACCAUGCAUAGUGUCACAUCAUCAUUCAGGAGCGGGUUGGUUUUCUCCUGCUAUCACGACUCUAUGUCUUCUUCUCAUCCUAUGCACCUCGAAAAAGGAUUUAAAAAACAACCGAAAAAACACUAAAAAAACAAGACAAUAUUGUUAUGUCAGUAGGAUAGCUGCUUCCAUCGGUCUUUGCUGUAUGCGCCACACACAGAUGCGGCAGCCUCCAAAGUACUGUACGCGUCUCGCUCUGCAGCCAGCAGCUCUUCAAUUUGUGACACUAGGCCCUCACUAGAUGUAACAUGAUUCUGAAUGACAGGCAGGUGGUGCUCGCUUCUGAACACGUCUGUUUGAGGAGGUUACAAGAGCAGAAAGGAGGCCGUCGGGGGUUUGAGCUCCCUCUGUCAUUUUUCUGAGGGAGAGGAGGUGAGAGGAGGGCUGGCGUGGGAUGGAUUGACCACAGGCAGCAUGCAGACACACAUAGUCCUGAAGAAUUCAGCGUUCUAAAAUAGAUCCCAACCAAAAAAAUAAAAAAUGCUACGGGGCACAUCUGCCAGCUUCCAUGAGAGUCAGGGAGAAAGGCGGAUGAGGACGGUGGAGACACCACAAGUCACACAUUUAAACUUACUGUUCUGCUGUAUUUAGUACGUGAUUUAAAUGUUCAGCUCAGACUGAAUUCAGGGGAAAGCAUAAUGGUAUAGGUGAUAUUCAGAAGGUUGCUGAAAAGUUUGGCAUCUUAACGUUUCAGAAUUUCCGUGUAGGUGUGCGGACGUGGACAUGACCCUGCGUUCUGAUGUGUUUAUGCUGUUUCUGCAUGCAUCCUUACAACGACGCCUCUCAGGCCUAUGCAUCACUGGGUUUGACCCCUUUUCAUUCCUGCACAGUCCUCCUACUCUUCACCUCGCUGAUGUCCAAAGGUUUGUUUGACUCAGUUAUAGUGUCAUGGCAACCGGCAGAGUGGAGCGUAACGCAGAAAGGGAAUGAGACGAAAGCAAACACCGUUGGGGAAAUGAUCGGGAGCUGGAGCGACAUCCGAGCCAGAAGCCAAGGGAAGCCACCCAGAGCGGAAGAGCUCCAGGCACCUACUGAUACUUCCUGUCUUACAACUGAAAGCCAUGAAACACACCAUGAUUUGAUUUAUUUUACAAAGACUGGUGAGCACUUUGCUUUUAUUUUUUAUUUUUUUGGGGGGGAGUUUGAACUGUUGGUUUGCGUUUAUAGCGCAAAUAAAGAAAAAAAUAAAUAAAAACAAGCAAGCAAAAUAAAACAUACACAUCAAAACUAUUUUUGUAGGUAGGAAAUGUCGAUAACCUCAUCCAUGAAGGGAACCCGAGUAGAGGGUGCAGCUAUUACUGUGGAUUUUCUAUGUAAGCUACAGUCAGUGGAGCCACAAAAGCUAGGAGUAACAUGCUUGACAGCUUGAAACUAACACCCUUCUAAGAUCAAACUGUACAUUGUGCCCUUCCAUUGAGAAGCAAUGAGCUCUAAUGUCUUACAUUUGUCUGAAUAUUGCAAUGCAAUGAGCAAUUUUUAUCAGCGUGACUUGUUAUCAUUGUGACAUUGUUGUCUGGAGUCGUGUGUAACCUGGGAGCAGGUCAGCUGACAGACCCUUUGUUUCUUCCAUGAUGAGUUCAGGUCCUCGAGUGUAUUGGUGGAUGGUUGGGGGGUUGGGGGGUUGGGGGGGGGGGUGAUCUAGAGCUGGCACAGAGACCGACCCUUCAUAUUAAAGGGCCUUUAACUACGGGAACCUCUGCUUGGAGAACAGGGUACAACACCAAGCAUCGAGAAGUUCUAACCAGUUCAGUCUUUCCCCAUUUUCUUUGUACUUUUUGAGGGAGGAUGGGUUUCUUAGUUGCUUUAUUUGAUCUGUCUGUAAGCGAUGUAUCUAGGACCCCAGAGAAACUUUAUCAACGCCAUUGCUUAAAGGCAAAGCUGGCUCCCUGUCAGUUUCCACCGUUGUGCUUUCGUUUUUCUUUUUUUGUGGAAAGUGGUCUCUAAGUUAAUUUUGGGAGUGAGGUAACGUUCCACGGUUUGUGCUUGCCUUCCUGUUGGUGUGUGUACCAUAUGUAUUCAAGUGUGUGCUCAGAUCUGCUCUCUCUUCCUUCCAGAAGCAACCUGGAUCUAGAAGAGGUGACCUAACGAUGGAUGUGUUGGGUUUUUAGAGAGAACGAUCAAUAAUCAAAGAUUCUGUCUGAGUUGUUAGUAACCCAGCCUUAUCAGAGCAUCAGCUAGGUCAGUCAGUCAAGUAGCACCACUUACAAGCUCAUAUUGUCCUCAGUAUGUUCAUAAAGUGGUUCAUCUCCAUUAUUCACAUUUUAGGAAAGGAAUAUUUUCAGGACUUCGUGUUAGCUGUGUUUAGGCUCCCAGCCUUAGCCUUAUUCUGCCCUCAGUCUCUCUCCGAGCCGAGAGAGAGAGAUGAAGAGGCUAUGGUGUAAUUAUUUCUUGCCAAUAAAGUUAUUUUUGAACUUCACUGUCAGAGGGAUAAAGAGUUUGUAUGGCAACUUGUAGCAAUACCUGACUCAUUCUGGCUGUUUAUUGCAAUAAGAAAAUGAACUAAUAAAUGUGUAUGUGAGUGAAACAUAAAUGUAAUUUAAAUAAAAAAGAAAUGAUACUUUAUGGUGAAUACUAGUGGUAUCAAGCAAAACCAUGGUGGAAAAAAGUAAAUGUCAAUAAAUCAUGAACUGA